AACCCAUUCAGUUAACGAAGAUCAAAUAAAGUUAUGAAAGCUUUCAUAUUAAUGUCGUGUUUGGCCUUGGCUGCCGCUAAGCCAGAAGCUGGUUAUGCCUAUAACAGACCAGGAAGUGGUGGCGGCGGAGGUGGUUUUGGUGGCAGUUCGGGUGGAGGUGGUUUUGGUGGUGGAUCCGGCGGAGGUGGAUUCGGCGGUGGUUCUGGUGGAGGUGGUUUUGGCGGAGGUAUUGGUGGAGGUGGUUUCGGUGGCGGAGGCUUCGGCGGUGGUGCUGGAGGUGGCGGCUUUGGAGGUGGAGCUGGAGGUGGCGGAUUUGGUGGUGGUGCUGGAGGUGGCGGCUUUGGUGGUGGUGCUGGAGGUGGUGGAUUUGGUGGUGGCGGUUUCGGAGGUGGUGGUGCAAUCGGAGGAUUUGGUGGCGGCGGUGGCGGUACUUUGGUCCAGAAAAGUGUUUAUGUCCAUGUUGCUCCUGAAGAACCUGAAGAAGUUCGUCCUAGACCAAAUAUUCCUGUCGGUCCAGCCCAGAAAAAUUAUAAAAUAAUUUUCAUUAAAACACCGUCAGCACCCGCAUACCAAGCUCCUGUCAUACCCGUUCAACCACAAAACGAAGAAAAAACUUUGGUUUACGUGUUGGUCAAGAAGCCCGAGGAACAACAGGAUAUUGUUAUACCCACGGCAGCACCUACACAGCCAUCCAAACCCGAAGUAUACUUCAUCAAGUACAAGACUCAAAAGGAUGUUGGUGGCGCUGGUGGCGGAGCUGGUGCAGGUGCUGGUAUUGGCGGUGGAUUUGGCGGCGGUAGUGGUGGUGGCAUUGGAGGUGGAAUCGGUGGUGGUGCAGGCAUUGGCGGUGGAUUGGGUGGCGGCCUUGGUGGAGGUAUUGGCGGUGGUAGUGGAGGCGGUAUUGGUGGUGGAAUUGGUGGCGGUAGUGGCGGCGGCCUUGGUGUCGGUAUUGGUGGUGGAGCUCCAUCGACUAGCUAUGGACCACCUGGAAAAUCUGGCCAUCAUUAA